AGGCAGCAGCUUCUUUCAUCUUUUGCCGGCUUUUUUCCCCAUUGAAUGAUGAUAGCAUUUGCUUUCUCCCACUAUCACCAUGUCGAUGAAGGAAGACAUGCAAAGCAAAAGUACUGCAAUGAAUCCCAUUCCCUUCCCCUAAACCCGGCUGUCCCUUGUACUAUAAUCUCCAAAAACCAAAACAAGCCGCAACCGGAAUCGGUCGGGGAGCACAAAUUCGAUAUGUAUGUCAAAAUAGUUGGUCUUAAUAACUCGAGAAAUAGCGAGCGGCCGGUUAUAGGACAUCCUGCCCCUAAAUUUCAAGAGCGAUUGGGUAGGUUGUUCAUCUGCCCUCAGGCGCAAGCAAGUUUAAUGUCCAACAAUGAUAGCUGCAAAGAAGGACCAUAUUAUCGUUGUGACGGGGUAAAUGAUAUUAACAAGAGCCACCACAAACCAGCAACUUGAAAAGUACCCUUCAAACCCUAAAUCCCGCUCAUUGCACGAACAAACAAUUUGUGUAAAUGUACUAUGGGGGGGAAUUAUGAAUUGGGAGGUGGGAUUGGUGGGUGGGUAUGGACCAAACUACCGGUGUACAAAAAUGGCAAAACAAAGCCGAAUUAAUAAGAGGGCAGAGCGUGGCCGUGUGGGAAGCGAGAAGAAUAAAUGAUCUGGUCUUUAGCGACGAGUUGAGAAGAGUGGUGGGGAAAGAUAAGGAGUGGGAAGUACUAUUAUAAUAAGUGCCAUAAUGUUGGGUUUUUGUGGUCUUGCAUGCUUUGCUACAAUUGCUAGCUCUUCUUUGCUCCCCACCCACCGCUGUCUCCGCAUAAUUACCCCGCACUCGACGCCUUUCUUUCUUUCUCCCUUUUCUUCUUCCCAUAUUCUAAUCUAAUGUACAUAUACGGAUAUACCUAUAUGGGUUGACUCAUGGUAGGUCAUUGGGUGUGGGAAGGUCGAUGGAUGUUCGGCCGGGUUUUUUCGAUAAACGUGGUUGGAUUCGAUCGAAUGAUAAGAUAUAUCGAGUUAGGAUAUCAACGUGAUCAAAUAUUUACUUUAAAACGAGAAGAUAAUCGAGAAAUUCGAUGGGACGUUUUAAAAAAAAAAUGUGCACGUCGAAUCGAAAGAAAGACGUAACCAUCUGAUCGACCCUUUCCGAUCGAUGCAUAGAUAAUGUAGUUCAAUAUCUAUCCAUUUGAAUUUGGUUUAUGGAAUGUGCAUACGCUUAAUCGAAAAAGGACGACUUGACUCUGAGUGACGAUGGAUCUUGUCGAAGCAUGAAUCGUGUUGUGGAUGAUCAAUAAGACUAGCAAGAUGGGAUGAAAACUACGUUGUAUGUUAUCCUUAACAUCUAUGAAAUGUCUGCAUGAUUUAACUUUAAAUUAAACAUUACCAAUAACAAUUAGUACCCAUCUCUACAUUUUAUUGAUCUACUGGUCGUUUGGUAAGCACGUAAUGUAGAAUUCAUGUAUUUGAAGAAUUCAUGUAUAUUGUAGGUUGAAUUGUGAGAACUUGUGUAAUAUCAGAAUGCAUUGUUUGGGUUGCAUGAGUUUAUGGUAGAACCCACAUAAUUUGGCAUGAAAUCUCAAAUACUUAUGGUAAACCCAAAGCAUUUGAGAUAUCAUGGUCACAUGAAUUCUAGAAUUACAUGGUGCACCAAUAUAAUGAUAUCUGUCCAAAAAUGAAGAAAAAAAUAGUGAAAUCUCAGAUAUCUUGUAAUAUGGAAGAUAACCCAAUCUUGAAUCAACCCAUGUACAAUGGGAUAUCAUAUACUCUAAAAAUUGAUUAUAAUCAUAACUAGCAUUCCCAUUUAUUUGAGCCUAUCUUACGGCACCAAAUCCACAAUCACCCGAAUUUCUGUAUUUUUAUACCUAGGGUUUGAAAAAGGGACUGCUGUUUUUGUCCUCCCACUAUGGGAAUAUUUUUCCUUAUUUAUUCAAAAGAGCAUAAGCAAUUAAUUGUAGUAAGAUCUUUCUUAACCUUUUUCUUCUUUCUUUUUGUUACCGUGUUUGAAAAAGAAUCAAGAUUAAUUAGGAAUAAACGUGACCCAAAGAUCAUAAUGGUGGACCUUCUGUGCCAACAUUUUCUAUUUUUCUUUCAUCUUCCGGGGAAUCAUUUGUACUCAUUGCCACCAUUCCAUUUACCACCUUCUAUCUUAUUUGAAUAACUAAAAUUACAGAAUACUAUCCUUAAGAAGGAGAGGAUCACUUGCGCUACAACAUAUGUAACAAGAAAAAUACUCCUCCGCAAAAUAUAACUAAUGGCAUAAGUCAGUAAAUCAUCCUUUUACGCCAACACAUUCUAACAAAAACACAAACAUAAACACAAAGACUUGUUCAUCACUCGGGAAAACUACAAAAAAGAAAGUCAAAAUACCAUUUUCAAUCAAUUUCAUACCAUAAGGAAACUAAUAACAUACAAAUGGAAACUGAAAAUCCCAGAAUUCAAGUCUAAAAACACAAGAAAAAGGGAAAAUUCCAAAUUCCCGGCCACAAAAAAUCCGACUACUUUUCCCAUAUAUAAACCCUACCUUUCCUCCUUCUCCCUUCAUCACUUGCCCACUAUACACACUCUUCUUCUUCACUCUCUCUUUCCCUCUGCUCCAAUGGCUUCCUCCUCUCCUACCCUCGCCGUCGCUCUCUUCCUCUUCCUCCUCGCCCUCUUCUCCACCGCCGCCCACGGCCGUGAGAGCCACUUCUUCAGCAAAGUGGCCCCCACCACCACCGUCACCAUUUCUCCCGACUCCAAAGCCACUCUCGCCGCCGGUUCCAACAACGGCCAGCAGCAGUACAAACAAGAUCAACAGCAGCAGCCUUCCUUCGUCCAGGAAACCGACAACACCGGCUACGGCAUCUACGGCCACCAAACCCCCGAAGAAACGACGUCGUUUGACCAGACCGCCGCCUCCACCACCAAGCUCACCUCUUCCCCGACCACCAACUACAACAACGGCCAGACCAAUAGUGACGAGACUUUUCGUAACGGAUACAACAACGUAGAUCCUAACGCCUUCAACAACGGCCAGGAAGAAACGACGGCGUCGUUUGACCAGACCGCCACCACCACCAGGCUCACCUCCACCCCGACCAACAGCUACCUCCCCUACAACGCCCAGACCAAUAGCGACGAGACUUUCCGCAACGACAACAACAACGACGAGAAGUACUACAACAACAACGACAGGUACUACGGCCAGAGCGGGUACAACGGCGACAACAACAACGACGACGACGAUGAGGAUUUCGGAGAGACUACGAGCUUGCAACAGCAGGAUAACACCGGUUACAAAACGACCGUGGCUAAUUCCGCCGUCGCUAAAGGGUACAACUACAAUAGCAACGGCAACGGUGUUGCUGAGAGGCAGGGGAUGAGCGACACGAGGUUUAUGGAAGGAGGGAAGUACUACGUGGAAGUCAACAACCCGAAUCAGUACCAGCAAGGGAUGAUGAGCAGCAGCAGCAGCAGCGAUGAUUUCAGCUACGGCGACAACAAUGUGAAGAAUCAGAAUGGUUACUUUAGCAACGGGAACAAUGGCGACGAGUACGCCAAUCCCAUGAACAACAGGAACCAGCAGCAGCAGCAAGAGGCAGAGUACUUCCAGGGGAACAACUACCAGAACCAGCAGUACGUACCGUGAUUAUUAGAGUAAUUAAUGGGUUCUGGAGGGUUUUAAUUAAGUUAAUUGAGCUGUUCAUUAGCAAGUUUGAGGAGACCAAAGUACCACCAAGUUAGUUACUAAGAAAGAAUGAAGCUGAAAUGCUGAAUACAUAUAAAUAUGGAGUUUUUGUUUUGUUGUUUGGAUUGUGGUGUAUGAUCCGCUUGUGUCUUAUAUUGUGAUUUCCCUUCUGUACCAUGGAAUUAGUAUGAUUCUGUUUCAAGAAUUCGUGUUAUUAGUUAUGUACGCGAUCGGUCGAAUCCAACAUUUUAAAAUUACGACACUAUUUUACGCUGUACUACAUAACACCAAGCUGCAGAGAGUAAUAAGAGGCAGGGGAUGAAUUUGGUGAAAACCUCAAAUUGCCCUGUUUCACAGGCAAACUAACUCUAAUCAAUUCACUUCACUCGAGUUGUCCUUCUGUAAUUAUUGUGCUGGAAAAUUUGAAAGUGGCCAGCUACAUCCAGCUAUAUGGGUAAAAGAAAGUGACUUGAAAUAAUCAUUGGCACCCGAAAUAAGUCUGCUUGUUUAGUGUUUCGACCUUUUUUAAAACAUUCUUAUCGUUCUUUUGAAUGGUUUAACUUCUCGUUCUGUCAUGAUCCAUGUUCAGUUUGAAUCCAGUGAGACUAAUCACCUGCAACAAAAGUCAAAAACUAGACUUACCUCAAGAUUAAUAUGAUCGAUUACACAUAAUAUGACUUUGGUGCAAUGAUCACCAAUGAAAAGUGGAAAAGUGAAAGGCUAAAGGUAAAAAAAAAGAAGGGUGGAAACAGAGGCCAUGUGCCCCACAAUCCAUCCCACUUAUUAUAAUCAUCAUCAACUCCACCAAGGGACUAUCAUGGAAGUCCAACUUUCUCCAACUCUCUUCAAGAAGUCACAACUCAUCUCUAUCUUGUUAGGCAACAAUGGGGUCCAACAAGUCCUCCAACUUGACCUACCUCACCCAUAAACAAUCCAAAGAUCCUUAAAUAGGACAAUGACCCUUAACUUGUUAACCUUUUGGCCCAUACCUUGAGAGCUAGCUAUAGCUACAUAGCCAUAGCUUACCCUAAAGAGGGAGGAGAGCUUAGGGCUGGCUAUUUGGUCCCGGACUGUUUGGUUUUACUCGAAACCGGAUCGUAUAAUCCGGAUCGGAACCGGAUUGGGACCGGAUAGCAAACAAUGCAAUCUCAUAUUCGGGCUUAGAUUUGAGGUAUAAAACCGGAUAAAGACCGGAUAAGAGACCCCCAACACCUAAAAUCAAGAUAAAAUUGGGACCGGACUGGGUAAAGACCGGACCGGAUCAAGACCGGACUGUAUCCAAUCCAAUCUUUGGUCCUUAUAUUCCCGAAAAAACCGAACUGGGACCGGAUCAAUUUGGUCCAAUUUAACCGGACCGGACCGUAGAGCCACCCCUAGGAGAGCUUGUCCUUUCUAAAGGGUACGUAGUUCCAUACAUUGGUCCCAAAUUGGAAAUCUCUCUGAAUCAAAGCUUCAAUCUUCCAACUGCUAUACCUACUAAGUGAUGAUUGAGGUUGAAAUUAAACAGAUGGGUUGGAUUGAAGGUGACCGAUCAUGUACAACUUAUUUGAUGAGGGUGACAUUGCCCUUAUCCCUAGUUAAGGGUACAACAACUGGAGAGUUGCCCGAUCGACAUUCCUCUCUGUAGGAUUUGAUGAGUUGGGGAAAGGGAAUAGGGAUCAGUAUUCAGUAGUGGCAGAGGGGGGAAAGAGUGGGAUUUGGGGCAACCACUAAUGUAUAAGGCCAUGUGCUGUCUUCGUUUUCACCAUUAAUGAAAAACCCAAAACCCC